AUGUCCGACGACGACGACUACUACGAAUGGGAGGAGGAGUACCUCUUUGAGGAUCUCGUACCUGACCUUGUGGACGAACUCGCCGCAUCCUCAUACUACGAAGCAGCCCUUUACGAGGACCCGAAGGCCGACGUGGACGAGUAUCUUAGUGACUGGGAAUACUAUUCGGAUGACUACCAUGACGAUGAUCCGACCGUGAAGCAAUCAAAACGGGCCUUUACCGCGCCGGAUUCACACCGAGCAAAACCUACCACGCGAACGAACCGAGUCUCCCUGCCGCGGUCUUCUCUAGGCCCCGAUGUUGCUUCAUUUCAAGGGGUAAUUUGGCGGACACCAAGUAUGGGGGACAACCUAGAUGUUGCUGUGCAAAUCUAUGAGCCAGGAACCGGCGACGAGGUGGCGCUCCUGAAGAACUGGCGUGAGAUCUUCAAAUCUGCUCAGCCCGCGCUGGACAAAUCCCGGCUACGCAAGAGGCGGGCAAUGGAUACUUCUCCGAUGGAACCAGAGUUCGCGGACGACGAAUUUCCCUGCGACGACGACGAGGAGGAGGACAGCUACGAUGGGAUGUCCGAUAUCCUGUCGACCGACAACACGCCCGGGAAGGACGAUACAGGAGAUGCAUCGAACACUACACCGGAACCAGGACAGUCGCUGCGGGAAGCUCAGAACCAGGUGGAUUCGGCGCCCGAGAAGAGAGGCCGCAAGCGAAAGGCCGACGUUCCUCCGGAGGAGCCGAACAAGGACAAUCCUGGCGCCGACACAACGCGGGCUCGGGCGAAACGCGUGGCUUCGACAAAGGGGGCUGAGAAGGCGGCAAGAUCGGGUACUUCUUCUGGCCCAGUACGGAGAUCCGCGAGGCAGAAGAAGUGA